GGCUAUGAAGCCUGAACAAUUUGAUUCUCAUUCUUCUGUUGGAGAUCAAAAUAGCUCAGCUAGCAAGCCCACCAUGCCAUCAUCAUCCAUCUUGACCAAGGAUAAGUCAUUUUCUUCUGGUGCAAGCCCAAUCAAUUCCCUGCUUGCGGGGGAGAAAAUCCAAUUUGGUGCGGUCACCUCUCCAACAAUUCUCCCUCCUAGCAACCGUGCUGUUUCUCUUCGGUAUCGGUCAGACAUCCAAAUAUCCCACAAUCUUCCUGGAGCUGAGAAUGAUUGCAGUCUUUUCUUUGAAAAAGAGAAACGUGCUCCUGAAUCUUGUGAUCACUUAGAGGAUUGUGAAGCUGAAGCUGAAGCUGAGGCAGCUGCUUCUGCUGUUGCUGUUGCGGCCAUCAGUAAUGAUGAGAUUGUCGGGAAUGGGUUGGGUACUUGCCCCGUCUCUUUGUCGGAAACCAAAAGUUUUGGACCAGAUAUUGAUGGAAUAACAGCAGGUGGUGAUCAGCAAUUAGCAAGUCAGUCUAGGGCUGAAGAAUCUCUGAGUGUUGCUCUUCCUGCUGAUCUAUCUGUUGAGACCCCGCCAAUUUCCUUAUGGCCCCCCCUGCCGAGCCCACAGAACUCCUCAAGCCAGAUGCUUUCACAUUUUCCCGGAGGGCCACCUUCUCAUUUUCCUUUUUAUGAGAUGAACCACGUUUUGGGGGGUCCCAUCUUUGCAUUUGGACCACAUGAUGAAUCUUCAUCUACUCCCCAAUCGCAGUCCCAGAAGAGUAGUGCAUCCGGCUCAGGGCCACUUGGGGCCUGGCAACAAUGCCAUUCUGGUGUAGAUUCAUUCUAUGGUCCUCCAGCAGGAUUUACUGGCCCUUUCAUCAGUCCUCCUGGAGGCAUCCCAGGGGUUCAAGGCCCUCCACACAUGGUUGUGUAUAACCAUUUUGCACCAGUUGGACAAUUUGGACAAGUUGGCUUGAGUUUCAUGGGUGCCACUUACAUUCCAUCUGGCAAGCAACCUGACUGGAAGCACAAUCCUGCAUCAUCUUCAAUGACUGUGGGUGAGGGGGACAUAAAUAACUUGAAUAUGGUUUCUGCACAGCGCAAUCCGUCGAACAUGCCUGCUCCGCUCCAGCAUCUUGCCCCUGGGUCACCUCUUCUGCCGAUGCCUUCUCCUUUGGCCAUGUUUGAUGUUUCUCCUUUCCAGUCUUCUCCAGACUUGUCAGUCCAACCUCGUUGGCAGCGUGUUCCUGCUUCACCUCUUCAAUCUGUUCCUCUGUCAAUUCCAUUGCAAAAACCGGUGGAAGGUGUACAUACUUCUCCAUUUAGCCAUGGGCCUCCAGUUAACCAGUCAUUGACUGCCAACAGGUUUGUUGACUCCCGAUCUUCAACACCCUCUGACAGCAACCGGAAUUUUCCUGUGGCAACUGAUGCAACUGUCACCCAAUUGCCGGAUGAACUAGGGUUGGUAGACCCAUCAAGCUCCACUAGCACUGGGGCUCCAGCACAGGCUGUGGUCACUAAUAGCUCAUCUGUAAACGCCAUCACAGAUGGUGGCAAGACUGAUGUUCAGACUGGCGGUAGCAGAAACAGCAGUGGCCAAAACACAAGUUCCACUUUUAAAACUCCGUCGUCGGCUCAGCACAAGAAUAUGUCUGCACAGCAGUACAGUCAUUCCUCAGGGUAUAAUUAUCAAAGAGGAGGUGGGGUUUCUCAGAAGAAUUCGGGGGCUGAAUGGUCCCAUCGCAGAAUGGGGUUCCAAGGAAGGAACCAGUCUUUGGGUGCAGAAAAAAGCUUUCCCUCAUCAAAGAUGAAGCAAAUUUAUGUGGCUAAACAGACUAAUAGUGGGACCUCAACAGCGUCAUGAAGUUGGAUUUGAGGAGAAAGGCAUCAGAUUGAAGCAUUUCUCAAAAUAAAAAUUUUGCUUACUUAUUGCAGCAUCUAUUCUAUUGUAUUGGUAGGAUCCAAUUAGUGUUGAGAUGUGCUUUUUGUUGACUAGAAUCUAUAGAUGUUUAUGACGGUUUUCCCAAAGAAGGUUGCACAACUGGGUGGUAAAUACCAAAUUUUUAGUCUUCUAGGUUGUUCAGUAAGGAGGGGGAGGGAUGGGUGUAGUGUGAUAUUUGUUGAUAGGCACUUCUAUCUAUUGUUGUUAACCGGUGCCUAACAGUCAUUCGUGGUCUAUCAUUUGUAUUUUGGCUGCAAACCACAUUGUUAAUCUCCUGGGAUGGAUGUAUUAAAUUUUUUAAUGAUCCAGGUCAUAUUUUUUGCUUGUUAGUAAUGAUAAGUGUAGACUAUGAGGUUUGGAUGUC